AUGAAAUCCAAUAGUCAAUAAUGCAAAAAAGCACUAAUCAGCAAAAGGGAACAAAAUUAUAUAAUAGAUGAUGAAUUAGCAGAUGACUCAACAAUUUUCGAAUAAACAACUUAAUCAUUUUCAGAAAUUUCUGAGUUUGAUUCUAAGUAGCAAUUUUAAAUAAAACAUUGGUAUAUCUGGUUAAUUAUAGAGAACAAAAAUAGAAGGAUAACUAAAUGUAAAAGGGUGAAGUUUUCUAUGAAAAUAUAACACAAUACAUUCAAUAAUAUAAACCAAAACAUAUUGAACUUGAUGUAAAACUAAAGCCUUUCAUACCAGAUUACAUACCUGCUGUAAAUCUAAUUGAAGAUGGCUUAUCAAUACAAAGACCAGAUGGCAAAUUUGAUAAUUAUGGCUUAUAUGAUGUGGUAAUAAGAUAUAAAUCAAAUUAAAGAGGGAAGCACUCUCGAAUCACCAAGUUAAUAAAGAUUAAAAGAUACAAUAAGACACAUAGAAACUAGCAAAAAAGGAGGAGACAUAGAACCCACAAAAGCAGAAAGUAAAAAUCGGAAUAAUAGAAGGAAAAAAUUCAAAAAAGAGUUUAGCCUUAUGAGAACCUUCAAGAAAAUUUCUAAGAUAUAUUUAAGAUAAUUUCAUUGUAUUCUAAAUUCAUUUUUCAGAUAUACACCAGAGUAAAUUAAAGUCGAACCACAUUUGAAACCCUUCAUUCCUGAGUACAUACCUUCAGUCUUGGGCCCAGAUGCCAUGCUGAAGAUACCCAGACCAGAUGGGAUGAAGGACAAUCUAGGCCUUACUGUGUUAGAUGAAAGGUUGGUGAAGGGAAUCUAUAUGUAAGGUAAUUGA